AUGAGCAACGAAAGAUUAAACAGCAACUUAGAGCUCAAUCAGCCAUUGACGACAGACAACCCCAAUGGGGAUCAGAUGCGGCCACCAUUGAACGAUAUCGAGCGGAGUGCACUCAUAGACCAGCAACUAGCACCUCUUUUUACGACAGAGGAAAACGAAGCUAUGUUAAGAGCGCAGAGCGAUACGCCCUCAAGCAAUCAGCAAAGACCAAUUUCCCCAACCAACCGAGAAGACAGGGAGGAGUCAGUCCAAUCCACGAUUAUAGUGGAGACAGGAGCCCAGGCCCGAAGAACGUUGAUUGCAGAGGGGAUCAUAGAAGAUCCGAACAACAACGCCAAUCAAACUAUAAGGAAUUUGACUGAUACGAUCCGGGCAUCCUUCGCGCUAUACCUAGCCACGACCAGGAACGGCAACUGGAACCUAGCGAGAGAGAUUCUUACGCAAGCAAUCAACACCCAACAAAUAUUAGAAGACAUCACGGGACCCCAAGAAAUGAGGAGGCUCAGCGAAAAUUGGAAUCCGGAGAACGACCGGAGAUUGUUGAAUACCAACGUGGCAACAAACCACCAACAAACGCCAGCAGCUCCAGCACCGAACGCGGCCCAACAGCAAACGGAUCAACUCAACUACCAGGUAUUUCAGCAAGCACCAAUGCCCGCCCCGAUACAUAUGCAGGCGCAACAGGCAGGCUUCAACCCAGGAGUCGCCCAAGUGAAUCCCCAACAACCAGGCUUCAACCGCGAAUGGGUAGCACCACACAUGAGAGGGAGGGGCAAUUUUCAAGGCAGAAGACCUUUCUGA